GCCCAAGCGCCAUCAUCCUCCUCCUUUUCGUCGUCGUCCUGCAAUCUCUCCGGUGUUGCUCUCCAGGCGCAUCCUCCUCCCUGCCGCCCCCCAGACUACAAGCUGCUGCACUCGCGGACACAACAGCAGAGAGGGAGAGAGAGGAGACAUUUCCAUUUAAUUGUCGUCAUUAUUGUACAUAUUUAGGGUGAUUGGGGGGGCGGCUCGCGCGAUGGCUAAACACCGCAAAGACAGAGACAGCUGGGGUGAGUGGUCCCUGGGCGAUAAGAAUGUGUACGAUUGGAGCUCGGAGGACGAAGACUCGGACGGGCGGGCGCGGCCCAUCCAGGUGCUGCUGGUGAAGGACGAUCAUACCUUUGAGCUGGACGAGGUGGCGCUGAGUCGCAUCCUGCUGGCCGAGGAGGUGCGCGACCGCGAGGUGGUGGCCAUCUCGGUGGCGGGGGCCUUCCGCAAGGGCAAAUCCUUCCUCAUGGACUUCAUGCUGCGCUACAUGUACAACCACGGGUCUGACGACUGGCUGGGCCAGGCCGACGAGCCCCUGACCGGCUUCUCCUGGAGGGGCGGCUCGGAGCGGGAGACUACCGGCAUUCAGAUAUGGAGUGAGGUCUUCCUGGUGGACCGGCCUGACGGGACCAAGGUUGCAGUUCUGCUGAUGGACACACAGGGCACCUUUGACAGCCAGUCCACGCUGCGCGACUCAGCCACCGUGUUCGCUCUGAGCACCAUGAUCAGCUCCAUGCAGGUUUACAACAUCUCCCAGAACGUCCAAGAAGAUGACCUUCAGCAUUUGCAGCUAUUCACAGAGUAUGGCCGACUUGCAAUGGAGGAGACCUUCCUUAAACCGUUUCAGUCCAUGAUUUUCCUCAUCCGAGACUGGAGCUUCCCGUAUGAGUUUCCAUACGGGCAGGAGGGCGGCAUGAAAUUCCUGGAAAAGAGGCUCAAGAUCUCGGAGAACCAGCACGAGGAGCUGCAGAACGUGCGCAAACACAUCCACUCGUGCUUCACCAACAUCUCCAGCUUCUUGAUGCCUCACCCCGGCCUUAAGGUGGCCACCAAUCCGCACUUUGAUGGACGGAUCAAAGAGAUCGACGGCGAGUUCAUCAGCAACUUGAAGAUUCUGGUGCCCUGGCUCCUGAGUCCUGGCAACAUUGACGUGAAGGAAAUCAAUGGCAGUAAGAUCACCUGCAGAGGCCUGCUCGAGUACUUCAAGGCUUACAUCAAGAUUUACCAGGGAGAGGAGCUGCCUCAUCCCAAAUCCAUGCUCCAGGCCACGGCGGAGGCCAACAACCUGGCGGCGGUGGCUGCGGCCAAGGAUCUGUACAACAAGAAAAUGGAAGAGGUGUGCGGCGGCGACCGCCCGUUCCUGGCGCCCAGUGAGCUGCAGGCGCGCCACGCCGUCAUCCGCGAGGAGGCUCUGGCGCUGUUCCGCGGCGUGAAGAAGAUGGGCGGCGAGGAAUUCAGUCGGCGUUACCUGCAACAGCUGGCGGGCGAGGUGGACCAGAUCUUCGUCCAGUACAUCAAGCACAAUGACUCCAAAAACAUUUUCCAUGCCGCCCGCACGCCGGCCACCCUCUUUGUGGUCAUCUUCGUCAUGUACGUGGCGGCGGGUGUGACGGGCUUCGUGGGUGUGGACGUCAUCGCCAGCUUGUGCAACAUGAUCCUGGGUCUGGCCCUCAUCACGCUCUGCACCUGGGCCUACAUACGCUACUCGGGGGAGUACAGAGAGCUGGGGGCCGUCAUCGACCAAGUGGCCGGGGCGCUUUGGGAUCAGGUUGGUCACAACGGGAGCACGAAUGAGGCGCUCCACAAGCUGUACAACGUAGCGGCCAAUCACAGGCACCUGUACCAGCACGCCUUCCCUGGCCAUCAGGCAGACGACGUUGGGACGGCGGCGGCAGCGGCGGCGGGCGAGGAGCGCGACAAGAAGCGGGACUGACCGUCUUCUUUUA